AUGGCAUACGGCGUCAAGGUGACGGAGGGCCCGAACGUGACCAAGAAGGAGGUGCAGGACCUGCUGACACAGCACCAGAUCCCCUUCACUAUCUUCUACACGGGUCUCUUUGCCGAGUUCCUGCCCUUCUUCCUGGACUUCCACUACGACGAAGGCUACAUGAACGUGGUGGGCAAGGGCGAGACGGCCUUCAGCAUCACGGCGCGCACGGAUGUGGGUCGCUUCUUGGCUCACGUGCUGUCCACGGCCCCCAAGAGCGCACUGGAAGGCGCCAAGAUCCCGUUCGAGGCCGAGCGUCUGUCGCCUCUGCAGAUCCGCGACCUGGUGGAGAAGAAACUGAACAAGAAGAUCAAGAUCCGCCACGCCGACUACGAGGAGAACAAGAAAAAGUUCGACACGGACUUUGCGGCCUUCCUCACGACCCUCUUCGAGGAAGGGCGCGGUGUGGCCGGCACGGAGCAGGAGGUGCACGAGAGCGUGGCCAAGUUCUUCCCAGACUGGAACCCGGCUAAGUACGAGUCCUUCAUCGCGUAA